AUGGGCAUAGAAGCUGCGCCCGACCAUCCAGAAGGCUCGAUCCAAUCGGCACCCCCAAGCGCUUUGCGAUGGACGGACGAGCAUGAUCCAGAGAACCCAUUCAACUGGCCGGCGACAACGCGAUGGAGAGUGGUAGGUCUGGCAUGUUACGUAACUUUUAUUGUCGGAUGGAAUGCCACCACCAUCUCGGGCGCAGCGCUGGAAAUCGGCGAAUACUUCGGCGUCAGUGAUGAGCACUUCCCCAACUCAUUCUGGCCCGUCACGUCUUGGGCAACCGGCGCUGCCAUUGCCCCUAUGAUUGUGCUGCCCAUUAUGGAGGAUUUUGGCGUUCGUCCAGGUUACUUGAUCUCUUAUUUCACGUUUUCAAUCUUCGUCAUCCCGCAAGCUGUGGCCAAGAAUUUCGCGACACUGAUUGCCACUCGCUUCUUCGCUGGCUGUUGCGCUGGAAUCCUACAGGAUGGAACCGACGGCAUUGUCGCCGACUUGUUCCCCAACCCUGUGAAGCGAAGCCUACCGAUCAGCUGUUACGUGUUUUCACUACUCGCCGGGGUUACAGUCGGUCCGGUCAUUGGCGGUGCUAUCAACGCCCACUUGAAUUGGCGAUGGAUAUUCUACAGCCAACUGUGCAUCUACUUUGGCUCACUCCCGUUUAUAUUUUUCUUCAUGAAAGAAACUCGGGGUCCUGUCAUCCUGUUGAAGCGGGUCAAAAAUGCAGCUAAUCAAGAGCAAUCCAAUAUCUCUGAGCUGGAAAAACAACAGCAUCACGUCAAUAUUCUGCAGUUCGUGAAGGACAACGUUGUACGGCCUGCCUAUAUGCUUGUCACGGAGCCGGUUGUCUUCUUCUUCACCCUCCUGACAGCACUGUCCUACGGCAUCGUCUUUGUCUCGUCGCAGAGCGUGGCCCAAGUCUUCAUGACGCUGUAUGGCUGGGAGGAGCACCAGACCGCCUACAUGCAAUCGGCGGUCGUGGUCGGCGAAUUCCUCGGCCUCCUCGUAUGCCUCUAUCAGAACCACCUGUUCGAGAAGGCGUUCCGACCCGAAAGUCGCACGCCCAAGUCUCGACUUCCAGAAGUCCGCCUGUACAUGAGCAUCCCCGGCUCUUUCAUCGGACUGAGCGGCGGACUCUUCUGGUACGGCUGGACAAGCUACAGCUCGUUGCAUUGGAUCCUGCCCGCCAUCGGCCUGGCCCUUACCGGCAUUGGCAGCAUGGUGGUCAUGCAGGCCGUCAUGAUGUAUCUGACGGAUGCUUAUGCAAAGUAUGCUGCGAGUGCAAGCGCCGCCGCCUGCGCGGGAGAAAACGUCUUUGCCGCAUUCUUGCCUCUGGCGGCUCAGGCAAUGUACACCAACCUCGGUUUUCACUGGGCGAGCAGUGUUCUGGCGUUUAUUGCACUCGCCUUGAGCUUCGCGCCUAUAGUGCUCAUUUUCUACGGUGAGACCAUCAGGAAAUGGAGCCCGUUCAUGUCUCAAGCCACAUAUGAGUGA